AUUACAAACUUCUCCAAAUGCCUUAACAUUCUGCCAUUGGUUGAAGCCAAACUUUAAAAAUAUUUCUAGAUCAAUCAAUUAACACUUUUUUUCCUGCCUCUAUUUCAGGGCUUAUGUUGUAAAUGUCUUCAUCCUGUCAUUUCGUUGCUUACUCAUCGGCUAAUUUUCUUUUUGUUUUUUUCUUUAGAGAGGAUUCUUCGUCCUGCCAGAAGGACAAUAUUUUAUUGAACCUGUUCAGGAAUCUGCUGACGAGCUUCAUUACGAGCCCCACAUUGUCUAUCCAAGAGUUAACACAGACAGUGGCAAAAAAAAAAAAAACGCAGCCUGGGGUCCAAAGAAACGCUUAGCCCCUGUGGAGUUCAAUGUGUGUGUGUGUGUGUGUUAACCAGUGUGUCUCUGUGUACAGCCGUGGAUGUUCCUGUGUAUCUGUGUCCAUGUCAAAUGAGGAUAACACUAUAGUGCAGUUGGUUGAUGUCUUGCAUUAUCCAUGCUUCAGAUGUGCCAAGUGACUCUGACCAGGUGGAGAGGGAAUGGGAGGAAUGGGAAAGGGAGCAGCAGAGAGGGGAGGAGGAGGAGGAGGCGCGGUCCCGCUCGCAGCGUUCGGUCAGCAGGGAGCGCUGGGUGGAGACCAUGGUGGUGGCCGACUUCAAACUCAUCGAAUAUCAUGGCAGUGACAACGUGGAGUCCUACAUCUUCACCAUCAUAGACAUGGUGGCAGGAAUCUUUCACGAUGCCAGUAUUGGGAAUGCCAUCCGUGUUAUCUUGGUGUGCCUUAUUUUGUUACAUGGAGAAGAGAAAGGGCUGAAGAUUGUUCACGAUGCGGAUGCCACUUUGGCUAGUUUCUGUGCAUGGCAAAAAAACCUCAAUCCUCAGAGUGACACACACCAAACUCACCAUGACAUUGCUGUGCUCAUCACCAGGCAAGUCACAGAAUGCUUUGAGUUGAUUAAUCGUUUCAGCUUUAGUUUGUUCCCACAUGGAGAACCUCACCGCUCCUGGACCUACGAAAGAGCCCGUGGUGGAUUGGAGGUUGGCAGCAGUGCUCGUCCACCUGUGGAUCAGAUGGUGGACGUACCUUGUGGGCAGGACUGGGUGGUGGGCAGCAUGGAAGAGACCGACACCCACCAAAUAUCCCGGUUCUUAAACCUGGGCUCCCACGAGUAUCAUACCUACAGAGACUACACCUAUGUGGACCAGAACAACCAGCGCUACGUUUAUCUCCACUACUGUAUCUGUUUUAAACCCUACGACCACAACCUCAUGGAUACUGACGACUUUGAGCUGAACAUCAUAGUCAGGAAAACUGGGGAUAAGAAAGAAGACAAGAAGGCCAACCCCUCGUGGGAAAAAGCCAUCCUCACGGCCCAAGGGUCCUGUCAAGAACCAGAACUAGAGGCAGCAAAAUCCCAACUUGAUGGCCAAGGAGUCGGUCAACAUGGACAUGUACUGGGUUGUAAGAAACUGGAGUGA